AUGAAUUCAUUACAUCAAGUGGAUGAACUUGUGAAAGAGUAUUUAUUAUUUCGUGGAUUCAUAAACACCUUUCGAGCUUUAGAAACAGAUAUAAGGUCGGAUAAAGAUAAAGGGUUUCAAGCGGAUAAGAUUAUUGAAGAACUAAUAUCAUACAUAACCUCUGGAGACAUUCAGGGACUUGUUGACUAUUAUCGAUAUCUCGAUCUUCGCUUCUUUUCUCGCCUCGAUAGUCGAUUCCAACGUACGAUAAAAAAGUUUGAGUUAUGUCUGCUAAGACACUAUCUUGUUCAUACCAUACAACAUAAGAAAAGGGAAAAAGUGAUUGAAUUCUUUGAUAUUUAUGGAUCAGAACUACAAGGCAAACCUGAAUGGACCGCUUGGUUUGCAUUACCUUAUAUCAAAAAUCCAUCCAAUGACCCAACAUUUGAACCCUUCUUUUCAAAGUAUUGGGUAGACAACUAUACGAUCUCUUUACACAACUUUUUAGCUACCACAUUUCAAAAUAUGCCUUUACCAAGCCUUUUAUCAUUCAACAUGGAUCGCCUUCAGCGUAAGUCGCAGCAGACAGAGAUCGAGACAUUAAAGAGCACGGUAGAAACUCAAAAAGCAACUUUGGAGGCUCGUGAAAAUGAUAUUGCUAAACUAAGGCAUCAAGUGCUCGAGACGAGAAAGGAAAUGACAGACGGUAUUUCAUUUAUACGAAGAAGAGCAGCUAGUACAGCAACUGAUUUGCAACAAAAGACAGCAUUAAAGAGCAACGAGAAUCCAAAAAGAUCAAGCUCUGAAUCAACUGCUAUUGUCCGCUCAAUGGAAGAAGAGCCAUUCUUGAUCGUCGGUCAACAAGAUUUUUAUGAACACCCUUCAGCCAUCACACACGCCAAGUUUUCAAGUCAAGGAGAUAGAAUUGCUAGUUGUGAUAUGGAUAAUAUGGUCAAAAUAUGGAAUUGUAAAAGCCAAUCAACAGAUUCAAUCAAGAUAAAGAACAGUCCUUCAAACGUGCUAUCAUUAGAAUGGGAUGCAAGAUCAGAUAAAUUUCUGUAUUUAGGAACAGAUACUGGACUUAUCCGUGUUUAUAAUGUUGAAUCCAAAGCAGUGGUGCAAGAAUUCUUAAUGGAUGAAAGCUAUCCUUGGAUCAAUCAGAUAUCUUCUAGCCCAGUGGAGCCUAUUUUCAUCUGCGCAGGAUCAAGCAACAGGGUAUUAAACAGUAAUAAUAAUAAACGAUCUGGAACACUCGUAGCUUGGAGUAUGAAGACAAUGUCAGCUUGUGGAACAUUCUCCUUUAAUGAUGAUCAAGACAUAAAUACAAUCAAUUUGAACCAUAACGGACAAAUGCUUGUCGUUGCCAACAAUGCAGGAUUGAUGCAGAUAUUUGAUAUUCGAAGUAUGAAGCCAAUCAUGGAAUGGAAAGGCAACAAGAAACCACCAUGCAUGGCACAGUUUAGCUUUGAUGAAAAUUCCAUUUAUUCGGUAGAUACCAGCGGUGAGUUAUCUCAAUGGUCUAUACAUAAACCUGGUGAGUGCGUGUUUAGUCGCUCAUUGGAAGGAUUCCCACCAGUUCCUAGUAUACCAAUGGACAUACCAACGUCAUCUGCGUCCUCAAUAUCAUCAAAGAAAAGUAAAAGAUCAUUCAGAGAUGAUAGUGUCAUUCAGUUACUUUUAUCUGGAUCUCCUCGCUCUCAAAUGGUCUCAUUCAGCUCUAAUACAGACUAUGUGCUGUGCACUUCUGCAAAUCACUAUGGAUCCAUUUAUAAGGUGCUAGAGCCAAAUACCUCAUCACCCAUUGGGCAAACUCAUCUAAUGCUUGUUUAUUUGGCACAAUAG